CCAUGGCGCUGCGGCGGCUCGAGUGGAUCACGGCGGCGCUCGACACCUUUGCGGCGGAGCAGAGCGGCUUCCGGCGACUCCGGGCCACAGCAGACUGCCUUGCCGACGUGAUCGCCACGCUGGAGACAGCGAAGCGUCGAGGCGAGGCAGGCUACCUCGUUCUCCUCGACGUCGAGAGCGCCUUCGACCGCCUGCCGCACGCCACCAUCAUGGACGCUCUCGAUGCGCUCGGGGUGUGCGGACGAAUGCGGGGCUACAUUGCAGCAUUCCUUGGCGGCCGGACGAUGCGGGUGCGCGUUGGGGGAGCGCUCAGUCGGCCGCGUGCGGUUGUGACAGGAGUGCCGCAGGGCAGCGUGCUUAGCCCAUUCCUGUUCAACCUGUUCCCGGCGCACGAGGUUCGUGUCGCAGUGUACGCGGACGACAUCGCGUUGUUCGCGAUCGGCCCCACCAGCGUCGGCUAUGCGGUGCGUGCUUGUGUGCAGCGCGCGCUGGACGGGGUCGAUGCUUACAUCAGCGGCAUCGGCCUCACCCUCUCGGCAGCCAAGACCAAGGCGCUCAUCGUGCACCCAAAGUACGAUGGGCAGUACCGCACGCCGCGCUUCACCCUCCAUGGAGUGCUACUUCCGUGGGAGAAGCGGGUUCGCUACCUUGGCCUUGUCAUCGACCGACGGCUGAACUGGUGUGCUGCAGUAGCUGCCCUGCGGAAAGGUGCCGCGCAGGUGGCGGGCGCUGCGCGAUCCCUGCUCGCUCGUGGCCAGGGCUGCUCGCCGUCUCUCGCACUACGCCUCUACAAUUCCGUGGCCUCAGCGCGGAUCUUGUACGCUCUACCGCUGGCGGACCUGCAGCCAACGCAAUGGAAGGUGAUGGACGCGGAUCACCGAGCCGUCAUCCGCCAGUUCCUGUGCCUCCCGCGAUCUUCACAGAGCGGCGCCACUCUCGCCGAGGCGGGGGAGACACCCAUCUCUCUCCGUGCCGAGGGGCGCGCCCUCAACCACGUGGAGCGCCUACAUCGCUCGCGGCACGGCCAGCAGCUGAUCGGCCGGCUGCACUCUCUCCCGAGCUCCGGCAUGGGUCGCCGCGCCGCCCAGUUCGCCAGCCUGGUACGGGGUGGCGCCACGUGUGCGUGGCUUGCUCCGCCCCCGCAUCGAGAGCGUCGUCUGCUCGUCCGCACGACCAUCCCUGGCGUUCGAGGCAAGCGCAAUACAGCGCUCUGCGCCUUGCAACAAGAGACGGCUGCAGCCAUCAGCGAGCAGCUGGCCGGCCGGGUGCUCGUCUUCACCGACGGCUCCGUCUUGCGGGACGGUGCUGCUGCUGCCGCGUGCGUAGCUCCUGAGAUCCCCGCGCACAGUCAGUGCCGCGUUUUGAACGCGGUCUCAUCUACGCACGCGGAGCUGGCGGCCAUCGACUUGGCGGCCGAGCUCAUUUACCAGCGGCGCAUCCCUGCGGCGGCCAUCCUGACGGACUCCCGUGCGGCACUACACAUGCUGUCCAGAGCCGACCAGGGACCCCCGCUGAUUCAGCGCCUCCUACACAAGAUGCGUGGCGUUUGCGAGCAGGGAUGCGACCUCGUUCUGCAGUGGGUGCCUGCCCACAUCGGCAUACACGGGAACGAGGAAGCGGACCGGCUCGCGAAGGCCGCACACACUGCGCCAGUGCCCCGGUCGCUCGUGGUGACUCCCUUUGACGUCGCCCGCCACACCGUGGCCGGCAUGCUACGAGCGAGACACCCGGACGCCCGCGUCGCCAGUGGCAAGCCGCCAAAGUUGCUGCCACGUACGGGCCUUCACCGACGAGACCGGGCGCUGCUGCUUCGCCUCCGCAUCGGCUGCUACCGCACCGCGGCAAGGACACACCGCAUCCAAGGUACGGGGAGCCCUCUUUGCCUCAAGUGCGCCGAUGUGGAGGACUUGGAGCACGUGCUGUUACGGUGCCCUGCGUACUCUGCUCAGCGCGACGCGCUCACGAGCGCUUACCGCCGCCUCGGACUGCCGUGCGACAACACCGAGGCGCUCCUGUUCCCGGUGGCGCACUCGUCGUUGACCGGACGCGCCUUCGUGGCGCUGCUUGAAUUUUUGGACGGUGCCGAUCUGUACGAGCGGCUGUAGCCGCCGCGCCUUCCUGACGAACCCUUACCGCUGGGCUAUCUAUCACUCGUUACUCUUUUAUUUUUCUCUACUCUUUUUGUCCCUUUCCCCUCACCCGUACAGCGCCGUGGAGGUGCCCUCGCACGAGAGGCAGUAACAGCGCUGUACUUAUCUCUUCUUUUUUUCCCCUUCUAAAACCACU